GCUUUGUUGCCUCCCACUUUUUUGUCUCCAGAUGGAGCAAGCUACCAUCCUCAGCGGGUGUGCUGCGCCGUUUGAGCAGUCUAUUCGAUUGAACGAAAGCUGAAGCCAUUGAAGCAUUGAAGGGUAGAGGGUUCUUUUAUGGCGGUGUGUGUGUUUCUUUGUGCGUGAAAUUCAAUCCGUAUUAAUCCGAACACACUGACCCAUUAUAAGGCGUCGCGAUGAACUCGUUAGGGACUUUAACGUUCGACGAGUUCGGAAGGCCCUUUAUUAUUCUCAAGGACCAAGAGAAACAGAAACGUCUUACCGGCGUAGAUGCCCUCAAGUCCCACAUUCUGGCAGCCAAGGCUGUUGCAAACAUCAUCAAGACAUCCUUAGGACCUAAGGGCCUGGACAAGAUGAUGGUGUCGUCGGACGGCGACGUGACGGUGACCAACGACGGGGCAACCAUCCUCAAGAUGAUGGACGUGGACCACCAGAUCGCCAAGCUCCUGGUGCAGCUGUCUCAGUCGCAGGACGACGAGAUUGGCGACGGCACCACCGGGGUCGUGGUGCUGGCGGGGGCGUUGCUGGAGGAGGCGGAGCAGCUGCUGGACCGGGGCAUCCACCCGAUCCGGAUAGCGGACGGCUUCGAGAUGGCCGCCCGUUGCGCCCUCGCCCACCUGGACUCGAUCGCCGAGAGCUUUGCGGUCUCCUCGGACGACAAGGAGAAGCUCAUCCAGACGGCCAUGACCACCCUGGGCUCCAAGAUAGUGAACAAGUGCCACCGGCAGUUUGCGGAAAUAGCGGUGGAAGCGGUGCUGUCGGUGGCCCAGCUGGACCGGGGCGACGUGAACUUUGAGCUGAUCAAGGUGGAGGGCAAGGAGGGGGGCAAGCUGGAGGACUCCCUGCUGGUCCGGGGGGUGCUGGUCGACAAGGACUUCAGCCACCCCCAGAUGCCCAAGGAGGUGCGCAACGCCAAGCUGGCGAUCCUGACCUGCCCAUUUGAGCCGCCCAAGCCCAAGACAAAGCACAAGCUGGACGUGACGUCUGCGGAGGAGUUCCAGGCCCUGCGGCGCUACGAGCAGCAGCAGUUUGAGCUGAUGGUGGACCAGGUGAAGGCGGCCGGGGCCAACCUGGUCAUCUGCCAGUGGGGCUUCGACGACGAGGCCAACCACCUGCUGCUCCAGAGGCAGCUGCCCGCCGUGCGCUGGGUCGGGGGACCAGAGAUCGAGCUGAUCGCCAUUGCCACGGGCGGCCGCAUUGUGCCCCGCUUCAGCGAGCUGAGUGCGGACAAGCUGGGUUCUGCAGGCGUGGUGCGGGAGCUCUCGUUCGGCACCACCAAGGACCGCAUGCUGGUCAUCGAGGAGUGCCCAAACUCCAGGGCCGUCACCAUCUUCAUCCGGGGCGGCAACAAGAUGAUUGUGGAAGAGGCCAAGCGUAGCCUGCACGAUGCACUGUGCGUGAUCCGCAACCUGGUGAAGGACAACCGGAUCGUGUACGGAGGAGGAGCCGCCGAGAUCUCCUGCGCCCUCGCCGUGGGCACGCAGGCGGACAAGAUCUCGACGCUGGAGCAGUACCCGUUCCGGGCGUUUGCGGACGCUCUGGAGAGCGUGCCCCUGGCCCUGGCAGAGAACUCCGGCCUGGCCCCGAUCCAAACCCUGACGGAGGUGAAGGCCCGCCAGGCCAGGGAGGGAAACCCCUGCCUGGGCAUCGACUGCCUCGGAAAGGGCACCAACGACAUGAAGGAGCAGCACGUGAUUGAGACCCUGACGAGCAAGAAGCAGCAGAUCAGCCUGGCCACCCAGCUGGUCAAGAUGAUCCUCAAGAUAGACGACAUACGCACCCCCGACAACUCCCUCGCCUAGCCGCCUCCUCCUGGCCACUAACUUAAAAGCUUUGUUUUAUCCAAAGAAAGCCCUCGCUGUCUUUUCGACCCGUUUUUUGCACUCUGGCAAGGUGGAGGUAUUCUGCCGAAGUUUAUGUAAGAAGAUGCAAGCCACGUAACAUUGAAGCUUUGUUUUGGACAUGUGUUGGGGUCAACUCCACCGAAAGAAUGAAACGAGUGUCUUCAAAUAAACAAUUUGUGAAAAUAACAA